GAACAUUGUAGGUGGAAACUACUGCUUCUUUGAACAACAGGUUCACUGAUAUGGAAUCAGAAGAUACUGUUAACCUGAAUGAUGAUAACUGCACUGAUGUUAUUAUGGGAGUCACUGUUGGUACCAAAUCAAAUGAAGGCUUCAAAUCGAAGGUUCCUUCUGAGUCCAUGGAUGAUAAUGUCAUCACCCCUUUGACCAAAAAUUUGGAGGACACUGCCAUGGCAAGUAAGCCUAUUGGUGAGCCUGCGAUUUUUAAGAGGAAAACCAAAAAACCUGCUUUCAACAAAAACUUGGUUGAGAGUUAUGAUGUUGAUGAAAAUGGAGAAAUGUCAACCACCAAACCAGUUAAACCUGGAAAACCAACUCUCCUAAUUCCAAAAAUUGAAAAAUGAAGGCUUUACAGUCUUUAUGUUCUAAGUGUUGGUUUCCUAUGUUAUUUUAAUGUGUUUUAAGUUAUGUUUAUCGUUUAAGAACUACUUCAAAAGCUUUGGAUCAUUCAAGCUUUUAUGUUUAAGAAGUUUAAUAUCGUUUUGUUGUACUGAAUGCUU